UAGUAGGCACUAUUAAUAAAGACUCUUAUUGACUUUGUUCAAAGCACUUUAUUCAUCUUAUACGGCUGCUGUGAUUUUUUACCUUAGUACAUAAUAUCAAUGCAGAAAGUUAGAAAUAAAACAGGAAUAUGAACAUUUGGUAUUUACAUUUAUUGACAGGCUUACACAUCCUCAAAAGAUGAGAUCACAAUGUCAGAAGGUUCUUCAGAUUAGCGUUUUAUUACUUCACAUCUUCAGACCAGCAGAUCUUCAGAGUAUCACCACUCCUUAUGUCUUUUCAAUUCAGAACCAACAUUUGCAACUACAUUUUGGAAUCAAUAGUUAUAACGCGUUCUACAACUGCAUAAUUCUUCGAAAUUUUUCUUGUGAAGCGACUUGGGUGAAUACCACAAACAACCAAGCUUACGUCACACAUGUUCAGAGAACGAGCUACAACGCGGUUACCGCACUGCUGAAAACAUGUUACAUGCUGGUCUGGGCCAAAACAUUGUCUUGCUCGCAAAUGUUCACACAUGACGUGACUAACAGAGAGGUGCUGUUGAUGCGGCAGGAUGGAAAUCUGUGUUACGAUGCUGCUUUUAUCACUCCACAAAAUUGGAGCGUCUACGGAACAGACCUUGUCACGAAAACGGACACGUCCAGCUAUAGGACCAAUAGGCCUACGUGUAGAGAGUUUCGCUCAACUGACUCGCCCACUACAAGAAGGACAUCAACAUUAGUGAGGUCGACAUUUGGGGUGAAUGCAAACCAGGGAAGAUCUACACUCAAAGCAAAUGUUACUGUCCAAGGCUCAACCGCUACAGAGAGUACUAGAUCUAGUACCGUGUUAUUAUCUGUGGGUACUAGUGAUGGGCUGACACCAUCCAACUGUUCGAGUCACAAAAAGAAAGGGAGAGAAAAGAACUCCAAAGAAACCAAGCUAAUUAUCGCCCUUUGUGUCGCGUUCGGGUCACUAAUCCUCACAGGCGUUAUUGUCACCCUUGUCGUGCAUAUCAGAAAAAUGAGACAGGCGACGUCACAGAAAGAAAGGGAAACAAACAGCACUACGAGUUCCAAGAACCACAACCGAGAUGUAAAGCAGAAAACGGUGAAUGAGGAAGUCCUCUCUCCUGGCUUCAUGAAUGUGCUAUACAACAAUAAAUAUCAGCUCAAUCAUUUUGAUGAGAGAAAUGAAACCUCAGACUAUACGGACAUUGAAGCAGAUGCCAAUCUCCCUAUAGAGAACACAUAUGACGAUAUAGCAAUCAGAGCUUACAAUCAUACACCGUGGAAACAAGGUGACGUGUUUGUUAACACUGACAUUUCUCAAACGCCGAUGCGAGCAGCUUCAAAUGCACGGACGGUUCAAUCGAGAGGCAAAGCAGCUGUUGGUGAUGAGCCCUCUGUUGAUUCCACUUACGAAGAUAUUUCAGGCACAGAUCUUUCAAUGUCUACCCAGAAGUGACGUACUAAUUGGUCUACAGAUAACAUUCAUUCUGUCUGCACUGUUUACAGAGACGAUUGUAUAAAACUGACGUUUCUAUUCUGAUCACAUUAAGUGUAGAUAUACGUUUCUAUUCUGAUCACAUUAAGUGCAGAUAUACGUUUCUAUUCUGAUCACAUUAAGUGCAGAUAUAUACGGGAAAUAGAUAUUUCAUAAACACGAUCGGCCAGUUUUCUUCAGAUGAAUGUAGACCAAACAUUCGAUAAAGAAAAUGGGACAUGGAAUUAAAAGCCAUUUUAGUUUCAGUGGACGAUUACGGUAUUAGAAGACAAAGUUUCAGUAUAGAUCCCAAAUAUUUUCUUUAAGAGAUGAUUCGUGGACAUUGCAAUUAUGCAUAAUUAAACUCCUUGUUCUAUUAGAGCUUUGCUCGUGCUCUACGGUACUGAACGUAAAAUUUGGUGGCUGGAAUAUCUACCGUUUGGACAUUCUGAAUGAGGGGUCCAGCUUCUCUAUUGAUGUGCUAAUAAGGAUGGUGUUAUGAUGCGAGUUUUUUUUUUAAUGUUGAUGAUUUCUAGUUUUUGGGUAUUCUUCAAUAAUGCAAAAGAGAAAUGUAAGUUGUAGAAGUUUCAAUAUUUUAACUCUCCCUACAAGCUCCAAGUUCUAACGUACUAGCCCUAACAAAAAAAUCAGUCAGUAUUUUUCACAUGUACCCCUACAAACACACCACGUAGACAAUUUUAUUGUCUCGCGUCUCACAGUCACUGACUCGUAUCGUAUCAACAUUUUUCUCUCAUCCAGACAUUGACGCAUGCCGCCCUCUCGUCGCUCCAGUCAACACAAAUGGCCUCUGGCAGAAAAGAAUAGAAACUAGUUAUUGUUCUUUCAUUCUAACUACUUUGGCGCCCUCAUUACGACUACUUGCCAAUUAAUAUUGUAAUAACUGAUGGGAGGCAACUCAACGAGACAAAGACGUUUAUUUACACGGAGACAUGACAAACACAAAGGGACAUCUGCCUUGAGCACAGCAUCUCCAUAUUGGCUCUCUCAACUUGGGCGGAAGUGUCAACAUCCUUUUUUAGUCUGGUUACUAGAGGUGCGCAUCUCUGCACUAACCUGGAUGGCGGUGCGCAUGGCAGAGUCAUAACAAUAUUAACUACUUUUUCUUCUUCAUUAAGACUAGUUCAUCAUUGGUUGUUGUGCUUCAUUAUGACUACGUGUUGUUCUUUCGAAAUGAUUUUUUUUUAAUGACUAGUUGCUGCGCUUCAUAUAACAGUUUUUAUUUGUCAUGAUGCCCAAAUGUUAGCGGAGAAUGCAAACUUAAACAUAACAGGUAAAAAAAAAAAGAAGUGAUCUUUAAUUUUAACAAAAUCUGAGCGUGUUGCAGGUGAUCUUCAUAUCUGAUGUCCUUAAUUGCAAUUUGUUUUGUUGUAAGUCAUAGAGUGAAGGUCUCAUGCUUCCCUCAUAAGUCAUAGAGUGAAGGUCUCAUGCGCCCCUCAUAAGUCAGAGA